UUGCCGCCUCUGUGUGUUGUUUUACGUGCAUUUAAAUAAGAUAAACUCUUAUUCUGCUCGACAUUUUGGUAAAAAUUCGAUGAAAAAAGGAGAAGAAAAUAUUUUGAGCCUCAUCUAUUUUCAAAACGUUGCACCCAAUAUGAUUAACGACAAUCACGACCAUCAAAACCUUUCAAGCUUAAAAUACGUUGACAGUCACGAUUGUCGGAAGAAAAAUUAUUGCACAUUUAUCUCGACCUCAGCAAACGCUCCCUUUGUGUUGAAUGUAAUUGGUUCCUCUCUACAUCAAUAACCUGCCGUGGGAUGUUAUUAAAAUCAGAACGAAUAGAAUGGAUGAAUGGAAAAAAAAAGUUUAGAAUUUUAGGUUACAUUAAGAUACACUAUUGUGCAAAAGACACGUAAAGAAAUUUGAGCCUGUAUAAACCGCCCGUAUAAACGUGUAUCCACGUUGUUCCUAACACUGUGCGCCUAUCAUAUACAAGGCUUGAUGACACAUGUUCAGUGAAUAAAUUUUAAUGUAAUUGUUUUGGGGAAUGAUGCAAUCAACUGAAAAUUUCUCAUAAAGAAAGUCAUCUGUAGACUGCUAUCAGUAUUAGUGUUGUGCAUCAAUAAACCUCCCAUGCCAUUACUUAUUUGACGUUAGCCACCCUGAUCAUGAACUGGAAUCAUCUCUUUAGCGGUCAUUGGAUAUCGGACUCCUCAGCGUUACUUAUUCUUGAGAGUGCGAUUGAGUGUUAUCAAAUUCACCUAUCUAUAGUAGUAUUCCUUAUUCUUAUUAUUUUGUUUUAGAUCACAAAAUGACUUUAUCUGAGACCGAAGUUCAACAAAUUUUGAGUGUAACAACGAAAAGUGCUCCCAGUCAUGCAAAUCAGCAAUGGAAGGUACUUAUUUAUAGUAAUUGAACGGUUGUUUGCAAUGGUCUGAUUUUCGAAUGUAACAAUAGAUGCUAGAGUGACUAUGAUGGUUUUUGUUGUUCGAGGCUAUCCGAUAGUUUUUGUAAACCUUCAUUUGCGUGAAAAUAUCAUUGACGCUGUUUUGGAUUAAACAUCACGGACAACAACUGGAAAGAGAACGUGUUACGAAAAAAUGAAAAUGUAUGUGAUAAUCAUUACAGUAUUAUUUUCUAGUUACCUGAAGACAAAGAAAAAUCAUUGAUUGGUACAAUUGCUAUUGCAAAUAAUAUUUUAAAUGGAACACUAGUUGAAAAAAUGUCAAUUGAAGAAAGUGAAUUAUUAAAAUCUUGGCUUGUUUAUUUCUCAAAUUAUAAACUUGAUAAGGAUGAUCAGCAGAAAAUUGUACUGAAGCAUCUUAAUUCAUUUCUAACAUCUCAUUCAUACUUUUGCUCGACUAAUAAACAAGAAUUAUCAAUCGUCGAUCAAUUUAUCUAUUAUUCUAUUCGAAAUAUCAUUACACAAUUACCAUUUCAAGAUAAAGCGCAAUUUUUGAAUCUUUGUCGAUGGUUUAAUCAACUUUGUGAUGGACGACGUGUUGCAAAUGAAAAUCACAUAAGAAGUUCAAAUUUAACACAUUUAAAAGCAAUUAUUGAACAAGUCGAAAUAAUUGGACUCGAUCGAAUCGAUGGUAUUUUAGUGCCCUUUAAAAAUCGUACAAAUCAACUACUUAUUUGUGAUAUUCUUUAUAAUGAAUCGCGAUCAUGGAUGAAAGUCAUUGCACGCAAUGCUCAAGCAUUACAUCUCAUAUGGCGAGGGAAUGGUCUAUAUGGUAUACGAAGCGUUAUUAAUCCUAUGAAUCAAUAUCUCGAAACAGCAAAAGAUAAUCCGAUUAACUAUCAAACACCGGAAAUCGUCUUUUAUUUUGUUCAAGGGGUGACAUUACCAUUAGCAGAAUUUUUAACAAAUAAUGGUAUUACAGUUAAAGGAGAAAUCGUAACUACAAGUGAUGAGAUAGAGAGGAGACUCCAACUUUUCCAUGACGAUAGUGGUAAUAGUGACGAAGGUGAAGAAGAAGAAGAAGAAGAAGAGGUUAACAUCGAAUCGGAUAAAAAUAAAGUCGAUUUUCCUAUUGAUUUAAAUUCAACAAUGUCUAAACUCAAAUUGAAUGAAGCUAGCACAACGAAACUUAAUUUGGAUGUUAGUACGUUGAUAUGUCUAGCCUCUGAAUUGACACAUGGUGGUCAUGUGUAUAAAUUUGAAAAUCGUUGGUUAGAAUUACCAGCUGAAUCAGAACGAUGUCGACGUUUAUUACCAUUAUUAGAAAAUUAUAUGAAAGGAAAAGAGUUGUACAUAUGUAAAACAGCCUACGAUGAAUUUAAUGGUAUUAUACGAAUAAUAGGAGGACCAAAUGAGAAAAAACGUGUCACAGAAUUACUAGAAAAAAUAACUUUAAUACCCGAUUGUCCAUCAGAGCGCGCGAUGGCUUUACAAGAUAGUGUCAGAAUAAAAACUAGAACAAAAAUAAUUUUUGGAAGUGGUGAUACGAUAAAAGCGAUAACAAUGACAGCAAAUCGAGGAUUCGUCCGAGCUGCAGUCGAACAGGGUGUGUCGUUUGCCGUUUUUCUACACGAAUCACGAGCUUUAACGGAAAAACAUCAACCAACACAAGCAACAUUAAUCACCUAG